AUGAGAGGGCGUUAUGCGGAGGCCGUCGUGACCAAGAAACGUGUUUCGUCUAGGGAUUUUAUUAACGCCUAUGAUAGAGAAGAAAGUUCUGGGCAGUUAGCGAAUGGAACGGCAAAAGAUGCUGGAAACCCUCACUGGAGGCAUUCUUUGGUGCAUGUACUGGCAGCAACUGUUUCUUCAUUCUUAUUCGGUUAUCAUCUUGGAGUAGUUAAUGAAACACUAGAAAGCAUCUCGUUUGACCUUGGUUUUAGUGGGAAUACCAUGGCUGAAGGGGGUGCGUUUGUUGGAUCAAUAUUCAGUGGCUGGAUUGCGGAUGGUGUUGGACGCCGCAGGGCGUUCCAGCUUUGUGCUUUACCAAUGAUAAUUGGGGCUUCAAUGAGUGCAACAACAAAAGAUCUGUGGGGCAUGCUUCUAGGGAGGUUAUUUGUCGGAACUGGGAUGGGAAUUGGCCCACCUGUUGCGGCUCUCUAUGUGACAGAGGUUUCACCAGACUAUGUAAGGGGUACUUAUGGGAGUUUGACCCAAAUUUCGACAUGUCUUGGACUUUUGGGAUCUCUGUUUAUUGGACUUCCAGCCAAGGAAACUAUGGGUUGGUGGCGUGUUUGUUUUUGGGUAUCUGCCAUCCCUGCUGCAAUGCUUGUUCUUUUCAUGCAGUUUUGCGCUGAGAGUCCUCACUGGCUUUUAAAGAGGGGAAGAAGUGUUGAAGCUGAAGCUCAAUUUGAGAAACUUUUAGGAGGAUCACAUGUCAAAUCUGCAAUUGUCGAAUUGUCAAAGUCAGACCGGGGAGAUGAAGUAGAUAAAGUGAAGUUAUCAGAGUUGCUCUAUGGUCGCUAUUUUAAAGUGGUUUUCAUUGGGUCUGCCCUUUUUGCCUUGCAACAGCUAUCUGGAAUAAAUGCUGUAUUCUAUUUUUCAUCAGCCGUCUUUAAAAGUGCUGGUGUACCUUCAGACUCUGCAAAUAUAUGUGUUGGAAUUUGCAACUUACUGGGGUCAAUUGUUGCAAUGCUUUUGAUGGAUAAACUGGGAAGAAAGGUGCUACUUACUGGAAGCUUCUUUGGCAUGGCAGUCUCAAUGAGUCUUCAAGCAAUUGCAGCUACUUCAUUUGUGUCAAGCUCUGCAUCAUUGUACCUAUCUGUUGGAGGCAUGCUACUGUUUGUAUUGACGUUUUCUCUCGGUGCUGGUCCAGUUCCCAGUCUCCUACUGUCAGAAAUAUUUCCAAGCCGGAUUAGGGCAAAGGCAAUGGCAAUUUGCAUGGCUGUGCAUUGGACUAAGGGAUAUCAAGUUGAAUGUUCCUAUGCCUUUGCGUCAAUUUUGCCUUGUUCUGGUUUGGAGCUAGACUUUGGAGUCGGCCAGACCAUGGAUUGUGUGAGCAAUUUGUUCUGCGCUUUAAAACAGAAAGGGAAGUGUGAGAAUUCGAGUUCUGUUACUUAG